AUGGCUCGAGACGUUGUGGAAAUAUCAGCCGACAUGGACUUCGAAGACGGAGAGCCAACGAAGAGAAUCGGCACCAGGGACGUGGAUGAGGCGCUGAAAUUCCUUGGGAGCGAAGGAGACAUACCACCGAUGUCGGAAGGCGACGAGAAGCGACUCCUGCGCAAGAUCGAUUGGCAUAUCAUGCCUCUCAUUACUUGUUGCUAUUUCUUGCAGUAUCUGGACAAGACCUUGAUGAACUACGCCAACGUCAUGGGCAUCAAGGAGGACACGGGCAUCACCGGCAACCAGUUCUCCUUGCUGGCCACCAUCUUCUACAUCAGCUUCAUCGCGUGCGAGUUCCCCACCGGAUACCUCAUGCAGCGGCUGCCUCUCGCCCGGUACCUCGGCGCCAACAUCAUCCUCUGGGGCAUCAUGGUCGCCGCCAACGCCGGUGCGCACAACUAUGCCGCGCUGGUCGCCCUCCGCGUCCUCCUCGGCUGCUUCGUCGCCGUCGUCGCGCCCGCGCUCAUCCUCGUCACCGGCAUGUGGUACAAGCGCUCCGAGCAGCCCCUCCGCGUCGGCAUCUGGUACGUCUCCACCGGCGCCGGCCAGAUCGUCGGCGCGCUCGCCUCCUACGGCCUGCAGUUCCACCGCGGCGGCCUCCUCGCCUCCUGGCAGAUCCUAUUCCUCGUGUUCGGCCUGCUCACCGUGCUGAUCGGCGUGCUCGCCGCGUGGCUGCUGCCGUCGAGCCCGAUGACCGCCGCGUUCCUCACGCGCGAGGAGCGGCUCUGGGCCGUGCAGCGCGUGCGCGCGAACCGCACGGGCAUCCAGAACAAGCACUUCAAGGCGCGCCAGGUGCUCGAGUGCCUGCGCGACCCGCAGACGUGGCUGAUCUGCCUGGUGAUUAUCCUGUCCAACAUACCAAACGGCUCCGUGUCCACGUACCAGGCGGCAAUCAUCGAGAGCUUCGGGUUCUCGUCCAAGGAGUCGGCGCUGCUGUCGGUGGCGUCCGGUGCGGUGGCGAUCGUCUCGACGCUGGCGGUCGCUUGGUUCGGCGGACGAUUCAACGCCAGCGGGCUCGGGAUUGUGUUCCUGCUCGCCUGCGGAGGCGUACUGGGCGGUGGGCUCGUGGCGUUUGCGGCGAGGGACGACAUGCCCUCGCAGCUCACGGGCAACUUUCUGACCAACUUUAUCGGAUCGUCCAUGGCCCUCCUCUACUCGUACUCUUCCUGCAACUUUGCAGGCAACACGAAAAAGGUGACCGUCAACGCCAUGUUUCUCGUGUCGUUUGGAAUUGGCAAUAUUGUUGGCCCGUUGACUUUUCAAGACAGGGACGCGCCGAGAUAUAUCCCGGCAAAGGUCACCAUCGUCGCGACGAGCUGCGCGGCGUGCCUGCUGACCGUUGCUCUUAUGGGCUACUACUUUUACGAGAACAGACGAAGAGACAGACUGGCUGCCACAACUGAGCAGCAAGGCAACAGCGAGUUCUACGAUCUGACCGACAAAGAGAACCUCGAAUUCAGAUAUCGCUACUAG